AUGUGGAAGAGUCUUCUAGCCGCGGGCUUACUGGUUGUUGGGACAGCCACCUCAGCGCCAUUCUCCAAAGACGCCCUGACCGAGGACUUCGAUUACUCUUUCUUUGGUGGUUUAUUUGGUAAUGGAGCUCAUGAAUUCAUCGAUAACCUUGUGGAUACCACUCCCAACACCAAGAAUGCUCUAAAGAUGGCAGCGAUUCUCAGAAAUUCGCUUGAGUCCGAUGCUCUUGAGGAUUUCAAUCAAUUCUUUGGAUUCAUCAUUAAGUAAGUCUUCAAUGGAUCCUUCCCUUGCAUGAGUGUCAUUUUUGUUGCAAUUCUUCCACUCUUCUCUUUGAAACAAGGAUUUUGCUCAAUUAUGUUGUCUUAGGUACGGAAAGGAGUACAAGAGUCAAGCCGAAGUCGCCGAGAGAUUCCGCAAAUUCCAAGAUUCAUUGGCCAGCAUUGAAACGAACUCAAGGGAGAAUCCCGAACUUGAAUUUGCUGUCAACAAAUACGAUGACCUCUCAGAGGAAGAGUUCUUUAGCGGUCGCCUUGGAACGUAUGCGAAGAAGACGAAAAAAUUUGGUAAUCGCUUAUCGUAUGAAAACAAAUUUUUGUUUGCUAUGUUUUUCUCCUCUAACGCAAAAUUUCAGAUGCCUAUGUCCCUAAAACCGCACCUGAUAAUGUCCCAGAUUCCUGGGACUGGCGAGACCACAACGGAGUGACCCCAGUGAAGGAUCAGCAACAUUGCGGGAGUUGCUACGCCUUCUCUGUCGUUGGUACUAUCGAAAGUCAAUACCUAGUCCAUAAGAAAACUGAGUUGGAUUUGAGUGAAGAGGAUCUCGUGGCGUGCACUUAUUUGAACGACACCGAAUAUCAUAACAACGGAUGUCAUGGUGGGAACUUUGAGGACAGCUUCGCAUUUGCUCAAGAGAAAGGCCUAUGCACGGAGAAGGACUGGCCAUACGAUCUCGACGACAUGGAUACGCCCAUUCCACAGUGCACCAAGAAACCCGUGGCCGCCAAGAUUAAAGAAAUUACUUCUGUCUCAGACGAGGACGACAUGAAGGUGUCUUUGUACGAAAAUGGCCCAUUGCUUGCAGGUAAGAGAGCCCUUCCUUUUAACCCACUGUUUACAGAAAUCCAGGCAGGCGGCAACCUGUUCCGUGACUAUCAUUCUGGAGUUAUGGAUCCCCCCACACCGCCAGAUGGUUGGAAUAUAAACCACGGCGUUGUCAUCAUCGGCUACGGUACAACCGAAAACGGAACAGAUUACUGGACCAUCAAGAAUUCUUGGGGCAAGGGUUGGGGAGACCACGGAUACUUCAAAAUUAGACGCGGCACGGACUGCUUGGGCGUCACUUCUGGUGUUUUCGCUGUCAGUGUGUAA